AUGCAGGCCGUAUUCAUUCAGAAUCUCUCGGAGCUGGAGCGUACCAGGCUUCGGGAGAUAGCCUUCUUCUGCCUUCAGGAGAAGAAUCCCACCUGGCCCAUCAAGAUGCCCAAAGUUUCCCCAGAUAAUGCUCAGACCUUUGGGAUCCCCCUCUCCCAAGUCAUUGCCAACGACUUGGCCAACAAACGGCAGAGGGAAGCCAUGAAGGUUCCUCGGAGACAAGGCAUUGAUGUGGAGGCUUCCGUGCUUCGGUUCCUCACAGAGAAACAUCGCCAGUGCAUGCAAGGAGAGCACUCCCUGCUGGGAGCCCUGAUGGAGUAUCACAGGGAGCCUCUGAUUCCCCUGUUUGCAGACCAUCCACCCAAGAUCCAGAGAAGGGGGGGCUUAUCUGUUGACUGCAUUUUCGAUUUGGAUCAAGGCAACUCGCGCCUAUUGGAGGCCCUGCAGCUCUCUCUCCCUGCCAGUCAGGAGGGUGUAAAGCUCAUGGGCAAUGAGGAGAAGUUGGGGCUCAACCCUAUUUUCCGACAGGUCCCCGUUAUUGUGGACAAGUGUUGUGAGCACAUCGAGGAGCAUGGUCUGAAGACCCUUGGGAUUUUCCGUGUUGGAAGCUCCAAGAAGAGAGUGAAGGAGCUUCGUGAAGAAUUUGAUCAAGGCUUGGACGUCACACUGGAUGAGACCCAGAGCGUUCACGAUGUGGCAGCACUGCUUAAGGAGUUUCUGCGGGAUCUCAGUGAGCCCCUGGUGCCCCGGGAGUUCUACCAAGUUUUUCUCCGAGCCGCCAGUCUGCCUACCGGUGAGAGGCUGGCUAUCUUGCAGCUGCUGAUUUUUCUGCUGCCCCCGUGCAACUGCGAUACUCUGUACCGCCUCCUGCAGUUCCUGGAUAAAGUGUCCAAGCACUGCGAGGACACCAUUGGGCCUCAGGGCCAGAUGAUUUCUGGCAAUCGGAUGACCACCGCCAACUUGGCUAUGAUUUUUGGACCCAACAUCCUGCAGAAGGAGAAGAUGCACGAGAAGGACACCAAAGUUCUGGGGAUGGAGGAGAGCACAGCCAUGAUCACUGUGCUCCAGACACUGAUUGAGAAUUUCCAGCUCCUUUACAUGGUGCCCCCUGAUGUGCAGAGCGAAGUGCUUCUCAGCCUGUGGCACACUGACCCUGAUGUCAUUGAAUAUCUUCUGCGUCAAAAAUUCAAGACCCCCAUGCCCCUGGCGGUUCCCGAGACAUCAGCUUCUGAUAGCGAGUCCACCUCUGCUUCUGAAUGUGUCUCUGCUUCUGGAUCGCUCUCCUGCUCUGCCCUCGAAUCUGCCACAUCCUCCAUCAUUCACAUGGGUGUGCGCAAGGAAACUGAUGAGGCCGUGGCCAGUACCAGUUCUGGGGCAGUCCAGAUCCCCACUCUCUUCCCGCCGUUCUCCUUCCUGAGGCUCCCCGGCCGCAUGGAAAAGGAAACUGCCAAGAGCUCCAAAACUCUCUUCUGCCUGCGCCCCUUCAGGUCUAGCCAUGGAGCUCAGAGCCCUGAUGAUGCCUCCUCCAGCCAAGGAGUCUGCAUGAGGCUGUUCUCAUCCCACAGCCAGCGCCAGGCGGCCCGUGCCGAGGAAGAUGUCGUGGAAGAGCAGGCCCCCCAGGCUGCGGCCAAAGAGGAACAGGAUGAGGCCGAAUUCAAGGGCAAGGGCAAGGGCAAGGGCAAGGGCAAAGGCAAGGGCAAGGGCAAGGGCAAGGCCCCCGCAAAAUCUGAAAAGCGGGCCAAAUCCCCCCUUUCUGAUGAUAGCGAUUCUGAACCACGCCCUGGCUGCAGCUGGUUCCAGUCCUAAACGGACACCUAUCUAUUGCUCGCUCUGCGAUUUCUGCUCCCCUCCCCCCCCACCACCCUCACCCCCGUAACUCCCUUGCAACGUGCCGGGCAGGAUCUGACAGGUGCCAACUUGUAGAGUGGUGUGAGAGAUCUAGGUGGGUGAGAAAUUUGAGGCUGAAACUCCAGAGGCUGUCAUUCAGGACUGAGUCAGACUUCUGUGGGGAGGUGGAGAGGUUCUCGUGAGAUCUCACACCUGGAGAGCCCUCCAGGCCAAGAUUUCCAAAAUAUUUCUGUCCUCAGCAGAAGAGAUGGUCCGGGUCUUCAUCUCUUCUGACAAAUACCACACAAAUUGAUGACCCAGAAACAUUCCCAACUUCUUUGGUGCUGUUCUCUACUUGAGAACCUCAUGGGAGAGGGACCAAAAUUUGAAAAGACCGAAAGACCAUGGGAUGGGAGAGCAGAAGGGGACUUUGGGGACCACUUAGUUUUUCAUCCUAAAAUGAGGUGAUUGACCAAUGGUCUUUGAGGUCCCUUUCAGCUCUCCAUCUUAUGCGCCCAAGACUCCCGAUUCCAAAUCCAAUAAGCAAGAACCAGGUGUCUCAGGCACCUUGUCCCUCUGGUUUCAUUCGAGCAGACCUGUUACCCGUGCACAAUUAUCUCCCUAUUGAUGUAUCUUUUGGUGUAAGAACUCCUUUUAAGGCAUACUGCCUAACCACUCCUCUUCCCCUGCUGCUUUUCUCUUGUGGAUGCAUGCCACUUACGUAUACUAUCCCUACCCCCAGCUAUUCCCCACAAAGAAGUUCAGUAGGGACCUUCUCAGGCCCCUUGUGGAGCUGGAACCUAGAAAAGCCGAGAAACUUGAGGGGAUACACAUACUAGCUCAUAGCCACCUCUGGGUUCUAUUCUCUACAGUCAGACCACUAGCCGCCCCAGACGGCCCUUCUUCCAUCAUGGUGCAGUCUGCUCAGGUCUCAUUACCAAUAAACCUCAUGUCAGACACUCUUACAAGUCAUACACAACCGGUGAAUGGUUUACAACUGGAGAAGGUACUCGAAUCAGUCUAGUUGAAGAUGCUUUCACGUGUAGAACGAGUUGUUUGCAGAUAUCCUAGGUAGGUUUUACGUAGGAAUCUUUUAUAUGCAACCCUCUCCUCUACCGUUACUGUAUCUUCACUAUGCAGGGUUUCAGAAUUCGCAGGCUAUGAGCUGGAAUGUAGGAUUGAGCAUUUCAUCCGACAGUUAACACUACAAUUGGCUAUGAGCCAUUAUGAUCUAUCACGUGAGCAGUAUAGUAUGUUGAUCGAAAGUACCUGAAAAUGCAUGACACUGAUGGAUAAAAGCUGCUGGGGAAAUCAAACUUUAGAUGUAUACUGUUUCUGUGGUGUGUUGUAAUAAACAAUGUGAUUUCAGCAUCAAAA